AGCUUGUGUUGCGGAAACAAAGUCUGCAGCGAUAUAAAAAAAACAAAAACACGUGACUUCGACUCCCUUCUCUUCCUCCCAUCAAAUACAAACUACAGUUCUGUCUCCAAACAACUGCUGGGUUAUGGUUUCUCCUCCGCUCGCUCCGGACGCGUGAAAAUGAGCGAGCAGAGCAGAAAAGCAGUGAGCACGACUCUUCAGCUGACCUGUCUGCUGCUGGCGGUGCUGGGGUUGGUGAUGGGCUUGAGUGGAGUCUAUCUGCUGAUGAAAUACUGGCAGGGCAGCUUCUACUUUUCAAACAACUACAUUACCAUGCCAGCAAUCCUCACCCUUGUCAGCGCUGCUUUCCUCAUAGCCAGCGGGUGCAUCGGCUUGUGGCUGAGUGUCUGGGAUUCCACCUUUCUGCAGGGCCUGUUAGUUUAUCUACUCGUCGUGGUCUUCUGUCUGGAAAGUACGGCUACUGGGUUGGCUUAUUUCCACUCUGUCAAGCUGGACUCAGAGACGACUUCCCUCAGUGGAGUGUUUCAGAAUUACACAGGAAACAGCCACGACCCCAGCUCUCAAGCUGUGGAUACUACGCAGAAGCAAUUGCAGUGUUGUGGUGUCCAUGGCUACAAGGACUGGCUUAAAACCUCCUGGUUCAAUCGCACCGGGGGGCUCAAAGUUCCUCAAAGCUGCUGCAACUCUACAUUCGUUUCCUGCAAUGGCACCGUGAAGCAGCCGUGGCAGCUUUACACGCAGGGCUGCCAGGUGAAGUUGGAGAUGGCUUUACAGUUUGUGCUGAGUUUUAUCAUCUGGGGCUUCCCUGUGGUUUUUCUGGUGGAGGUUGUCGUUUUAAUAAUGGCGGCACAGCUGAUGAGGGAGAGACCAUUCCUGGAAUAUCACAUACUGGGAAAAGACUGAACUGCUCUGCACAGAUCCUGUCACGUCUGUCUAUUGGGACUAAAUGAUCGAUUCUUAGAUGCACACACACCAUCACACCUUUGCUAAUUUAUAUAAAUGCCACGUGAAAUAAAAUGGACAGAGAAAAUGUAAUCAAGUAGAGGUAAAUCAUCACAAUGACUUUUCUACUUGUACUUGCUAUUAUAUAAUUAUAACUAUGUCCUUUUAGUAUGUGUCCAUGUUCUUGCACACGUGUUGUACUUCCUUGCUGUAGAGACAUAAUAAUAAUAUAAUAAUAUUGUGAACAUUUAACGCAAUGCUUCUGUAAAAAAAAGACUCGAGUAUAAAGUACAAAUAUUCGCUGAU